CAUCCCGCAGGAUCCCCUCCCCCGGCCCGGCGGCGGCGCGAGGCCGCCAUGGCCAAGCAGUACGACGUGCUGUUCCGCCUGCUGCUGCUCGGCGACUCGGGCGUGGGUAAGACGUGCCUCCUGUGCCGCUUCACUGACAGCGAGUUCCACCCGGCGCACAUCUCCACCAUCGGGGUGGAUUUCAAGAUGAAGACAAUCGAGGUGGAUGGCAUCAAGGUGCGCAUCCAGAUCUGGGACACGGCAGGGCAGGAGCGGUACCAAACCAUCACCAAGCAGUACUACCGGCGGGCACAGGGCAUUUUCCUGGUCUACGACAUCAGCAGUGAGCGCUCCUACCAGCACAUCGUCAAGUGGGCCAGUGAUGUGGAUGAGUAUGCACCCGACGGCGUCCAGAAGAUCCUCAUUGGGAACAAAGCAGACGAGGAGCACAAGAGGCAAGUGGCCAAAGAGCAAGGGCUGCAGGUGAGCUGGUGGGGUGGCACCCCCUGUGUGGCCAGGGUCCCCCCAGGGCACCAGGAC